GGGAAUAGGGGGACGGCGGUUGAUUUCCUGACUGCAGAGCAGAACUUUUAGAGACAGUCCGGGGAUGAACACGAUAGAAAGUAUGACUGGAGAGGCACAGAGGGAGGUCAGUCUCAUCCAGCAGACAUUGGCUCUACUGAGGAAGAACAUUCUGGUACAAUGGAGGCGGCUGGGCUACGUCAUACUGGAGUGGCUCCAGCAUUUGGCGCUGGUCCUCUUGCUGUUCUUCUUCAUCGAUGAAUCACAAUUUAUGAAGCCACAGGCCUGGAAUAGCUACAGCCCGGCCCGGGUCCUGGGGAGUCUCAAUCAUUUAGAGAAUCUUAACUUUUCCCUUAACGUCUCAGUCUUCCCUUCCCAAGUUGGCUACUUCCCUGGCAGCCCGACCAUCCGGGAAAUAAUGCAGCUGGUCAACAGAAGCACCAUCCUGCCAGGAAUAUUAGUGGAGGAAUAUGAGAAUGCCACCGAUGUUACAAGUCCAAAAUGGAAAUACCACCUCGGCACCGUGGUCUUUUCUGAGAACGAAUUUAACUAUUCACUAAGGUUUCCUUAUAAGUACCACACUGACCCAAAUGACUACACAGCUAUGAGAGGUUCCUGUGGAGAUCAUUUAACUUACUGUCACUCACUGCAGUACUUGAGCGAGGGGUUCCUGUCUCUACAAGCCACCAUAGACUCCGCCAUUGUGGAGCACUUCACAAAUCAAUCCAUAUGGGAGUCUAUGGAGACCAUGACGGUGGUGAAGAUGAAGUCGGUUACUCUCGGUGACCGGUCAACUCUGCACAUGUGUUACUACACUUUUCUCCUGAGCGUGUGUUUCGUCUCGCUGUCCUAUGUCAUGACGCUGCACAUCACCCAGGAGAGGAGGAAAACCAGAGAGCUGAUGAGGAUGAUGGGAGUGAAGGAUCUGGCGUUUUGGUUAUCCUGGGUGGUGUUGUACUCACUCAGCGCCAUCAUCAUUGCCGUCCUCAUUACUCUGGUCGCCACCACUUAUGUGUUUGUGAAAAGUUCCUUCGGAGUUAUUUUUCUGCUCUUCUGUCUCUAUGGCAUUGCGACGGUCUGCUUUAACUGCAUGCUGAGCGCCCUCCUCAGGAAGCACCACCUCACAGCAAUUUCGGGAUUUUUCAUCACCGUCUUCCUGUCUGCGUUGGGCAUCCUUCCGCUCUUGAAAGUCAUACCCACGUCUCUGGAAGUCUUCCUGAGCCUUUUCCACCCCUUCUCCUUUGCUGUUGGGAUCACAUCGGGCAUGCACAUGGAAAAUGACCUUCAGGGCUCCUUCUUCUCGGACAUCACGGGUGACUCCUUCCACAUACUCUCCAGCAUCAUCUACCUGAUCAUAGACUCUGUGCUUUACAUCCUCCUCACUCUCUACUUCGACAAGAUAAUUCCAGAUAAACACGGAUUGAGGCACGAGCCGCUGUUUUUCCUGAGAUCUUCAUUUUGGUUGAAGAAGAAGAAGACCCCCAUAACGCCCGGAGAGAAAGGAAGGGCCGAGCCUGACUCCGAGGACUACGCUGAAAAGGUUCCUGCUGAUCUGCUGGGAAAAGAUGUGAUCAGAAUAUUCAACGUUAAGAAAAUGUACAGCGGCAAAGACGAUAAAACGGAGGCGCUACGAGGUCUCGAUCUCAACGUUUACGAGGGACAGAUCACAGCGUUACUCGGUCACAACGGAGCUGGAAAAACAACAUUACUGAAUAUACUCAGCGGGAUGGGCGGAGCCACUAGCGGAUCUGCCACCAUCUAUAAUUAUCAGUUAUCGGACUUCAAUCACCGGCUGGAGAUCCAGAGGAAGAUCGGGUUUUGUCCGCAGUUUGAUGUCAACUUUGACCUUCUAACAGUAAAGGAGAAUUUGGAGGUCUUUGCAAAUAUUAAAGGAAUUCCUAAGAGAAAAAUUAAAUCUCAGGUAGAAACGGUCCUUUCAGACCUGGCCAUGGUCGACCUUCAACAUCUCCAAGCUGGGAAACUGAGUGGAGGUCAGAGGAGGAAACUGACGCUGGCGAUCGCCCUAUUAGGAGACCCCGAGGUUCUGUUGCUGGAUGAACCGACGUCCGGCCUCGACCCGUCCUCCAGGCACCGCGUAUGGUCUGUUCUCAAAGAGCGCAAGGCUGGUCACGUCACCUUAUUCAGCACGCAGUUUAUGGAUGAAGCCGACAUCCUGGCAGACCGCAAGGCCGUGCUUUCCAAAGGAAGGCUGAAAUGUGUGGGAAGCUCCUUGUUUCUGAAGAGGAAAUGGGGCAUUGGCUAUCACUUGAGGAUGCAGGUGACCCCGUCAUGUGACACAGAGGCCAUCACAUCCCUCAUAACGCAGCACGUCUCCAACGCCAAACUCAGCACUCAGAACGUCGAGGAUGUGACGUUCACCCUACCCUUCGAGGACAUAGACACCUUCCCAGCUCUGUUCUCUGACCUGGAGGGACAUGUUGGGCGGGAAAUUGUGAGUUAUGGCGUCUCUAUCACCACGCUGGACGACGUGUUCCUGAAACUGGAAGGAAAGGACGAGAUUGAAAAAGGAGAUUACGGUGUUUUUGCCCAAGAACCAAAUGAAGAACAGAACCGGGAUCACUUCUCCUCGGAGCCGGAGGAUUCGACCCUUUUGAUGUCAGACUCCGGUACACCCACCAUUAGUGGAAUGGCAUUGUGGAGACAGCAGGUGUUGGCCGUUGCGAGGAUCCGAUACUUGAAGCUUAUCCACAACAUGCAAAGUUUUCGAUCCAUGCUACUUCUGCUGGCUCUCUUCAUCCUUCCUAUGGUCACCGUCAUCAUACUGACAAAAGUCUCUUACUCCUACCAAGCCUGGGAGAUGACUCCGCACCUUUAUUUCCGGAGAGCUGGAGAACGAGAACACAAAUUUUACACCAAACUUCUAGUCAACAACAACACUGGUGUCCCCAUCGACAACUUCCUUUAUGGUGUCACAGCUCAAGAUUUUGCUGUGGAUGUUGUGGAUGGGCCAUAUGACAUGGACAACACUACGGAAUACAAUGGAGCUAUAGAGGUCACUCGUGAUGAUAAGGGUUACGGGUUCAGAAUAAUCGGAAACCCCCGAGCGCACAAUAUCCUCCCGGUAUUGGUUAAUAUUAUCAGUAACGCCUUAUUGAGGUUGUAUAACUCCCCGGAGCGGAUCAGGGUGUGGAAUGACCCCGUCCAUCAGGAAGAGAUGUAUUUUACUCCUGUGUUCCAUUACGCAAUGAUUUUGCUGUUAUUAUUUGCCUCUGGACUUGCCCCCCACUUUGCAAUGAGCAGUAUGGAGGAUGUAAAAAUUAAAGUUCGCUCCCAGAUGCGUCUUUUCGGCCUCUUCCCCUCCGCGUACUGGUGUGGACAAGUCCUGGUGGACGUCGCCCUCUACUGGCUGGUGCUCUUCCUCAUAAACACCACCAUCUAUGUGAUCUAUCCAAAGCUUAAUCCACUCUGGGAGUUGUGGCUGCUUAUUAUGGAAACUUUGGGUUACGGAAUGGCCGUGGUCCUUAAUGUUUACGUAAUCGCAUCACUUCUUGGGAAGAAAAAAAUUCAGAACGACCGAUGGUCUUUCCUCUUUAUCUUGUCUUCCCUUAUCCCGUUGGUGAUUGAAGCUUUCACCCCCUACAUUGAUGGAGGCACUCGCACAUUCUAUUUCAUCGUCUUGUUCUUGUUGCCGCCCACCAACCUCAUCGGUUAUUAUGUACAACUGACCAUGCAUCAUUAUAUGAAAACCGAGCAAAGCGAACGGGAUCUGUACAUCCAUCCGAUAUUUCCGUACCUUCAGAUUGUCACAUUCGGGGGCCUCCUGUGGUUCUUAGAAUGGAAAUUCGGAACGAGGAGCCUGAAACGAGAUCCCAUGUUCAGGUUCACCAAAAGAGAACAUCCCUUUACCCAGAAUCCCGAGCAGCUGGACGAUGCCGAUGAGGAGGUCCUGGCUGAGAGAGAAAGGGUUAACACCUUGAAAACAACACACCAAGAGGAAGAGAGCCCAGCCAUCCUGGUGGACGCUUUGCGCAAAGAGUUUGAGGAGAGGUCGGGGGUCUCCAAAUGUUUCGGGAGGAAAAAGAAGAGGACGGCCAUCAGGAACACCUCAUUCUGCGUCAAGAAAGGUGAAGUCCUGGGACUUCUGGGGCCCAAUGGAGCUGGGAAGACCACAUCUGUGCUGAUUCUGGCGGGAGAGAUGAAGCCCACAGCUGGACAGGUGGUACUGGGCAAUGCAGGAGACUCUUCCACACUGGGCUACUGCCCCCAACACAACUCCUUGUGGCCCAAUCUGACUGUGAAGGAACACCUAGAGAUCUCCGCCGCCAUCAAGGGCAUGAAUAAAGAGGACACAGACCGUGCUAUCAAACGGGUGGCCGAAGCUUUGGAGCUGAGGGAUCAUCUGCAAAAACCCACCAGGAGGCUUUCAGCUGGAGUUUCCAGAAAGGUGUGUUUUGCCAUCAGCAUGUUGGGUAAUCCCACCAUCGUUCUCCUGGAUGAACCUUCCACUGGUUUGGAUCCAAAAGGCCAACAAAGACUUUGGAGAGCCAUCCGAGCGGCCUUCAAGAACAACGAGAGAGGCGCCAUCCUGACCACACACUAUAUGGAGGAGGCGGAGGCUGUGUGUGACCGCGUGGCAAUCAUGGUGUCCGGGACCCUCAGGUGUAUCGGAUCCAUCCAGCAUCUGAAGAGCAAAUAUGGUAAAGGUUACCUCCUAGAGAUCAAACUGAAGGACACCCAGCAGAUCGAUGUGAUCCACCAGGAGGUGCUCCGCCUUUUCCCACAAGCCACCAAGAAGGACAGGUUCUCCUCGCUGUUGGUGUAUAAUAUCCCCAUGGAUAACGUCCAGUCCCUGUCCCAGGCCUUCCUACAGCUGGAGAAGGCUAAGAAGACGUAUAACAUCGAGGAGUACAGCUUCUCCCAGGCCACCCUCCAGCAGGUUUUCCUGGAGUUGGCCAAGGAGCAGGAGAAGGAAGACUUCCACCUGGAAUCAUCGUUCGGUUGGAGGCAGUUGAGCAGUGAGGACAUUUAAAGCUGAACUCCGGAAAAACACCUGAUCUCUCUCUGCUGCAGUUCAGUAACGCUUACAGGUCCUGUCCCUCCCCCAGCCUGCGAUUGGACAGUGAAAGAAGAAGCAGCACAAUGAUGAGAUCAUCUCUCUGUUACUUUGCGCUCUCCUCCUAUCAGCAUGCUUUUUGUCAGCUUCUUGCUUUUACACUCCAGCCCUGCUGUAUAUGAACUGAUACAGUACUAAGUUGCUUGCAUUUAACCAAUACAUUGAAUGAUUUAACCGCUUGCUGACGGUAUCCCAUGUCCCUCUCUAUGUCCUCCUCCUUCCUCUUCCAUUCUUCCUCCGUGACCCCCUUCAUUCUUCCUCCGUGACCCCCUUCAUUCUUCCUCCGUGACCCCCUUCAUUCUUCCUCCGCGACCCCCUUCAUUCUUCCUCCGUGACCCCCUUCAUUCUUCCUCCGUGACCCCUUCCGUUCUUCCUCUAUGUCCCUCUAUAUUCUGCUGCUGUCCCACUCCGUUCUGCUGCUGUCCCCCUUCAUUCUUCCUCCAUGUCCCACUCUGUUCUGCUGCUGCCCCCCUUCGUUCUUCCUCCAGGUCCCCCUCCGUUCUUCCUCCGUGACCCCCUCUGUUCUGCUGCUGUCCCCCUCUGUUCUGCUGCUGCCCCCCUUCGUUCUUCCUCCGUGACCCCCUCUGUUCUUCCUCCGUGUCCCCCUCCAUUCUUCCUCCGUGUCCCCCUCCGUUCUUCCUCCGUGACCCCCUCUGUUCUUCGUCCGUGACCCCUUCGUUCUUCCUCCGUUACCCCCUCUGUUCUGCUGCUGUCCCCCUCCGUUCUUCCUCCGUGACCCCCUCUGUUCUGCUGCUGUCC